GAACUCAACAGACCUGUACCCAGGCCGGGGCUUGGUCCCUACCCCUCUCUAUGCUCGAGCUUCUUUCUCUGCCUGGACCUUGUGCUCUCUUCGUUGUUCCGGGGCUGUUUCCCACUUGAACCUGUUCCCAGGCCUCAUCCCCUCCUCUCCUUGUGCUCAUGCCUGGCCCACAUCCCUCCUCCUACCUGCUCUCAUCUCUCCAUUGUUGCUGAACCUCUUCUAAAUGUCUCCCUCAGAAACACUGAGCCUGGUCCCAGUUCCCCCGAUUCUGAGCCCGGUUCCCAUCUCUCCAUGCCAAAACAUGCAAUAGCAUCUCUGACUGGAUCGCCAUCUGCUGCAGCCUCCAGCUCUCUCUAUCUGUAUCUGCAUUGGUUUCACACCUGCCUACCUUUCCUUUUACAUCUGAGCCCCAGUCGUUACCACAGCUGGUGUUAUGAUGCAGAGAGACCUGGUUCACUUACAUGGUGGGCUCUUGAGUUCUGCAGGAGUGACCCCACCAGCGUCAAGCCUGUGACACACUUGUAGGAUUGGAAGGAGGCCAAGCAGAACACCUGAGCUGACCGGAAAAUGACUGGCCGAGCCCGAGCCCGGGCCCGAGGCAGGGCCCGAGGUCAGGAGACAGUGCAGCAUGUUGGGGCUGCUGCGAGCCAGCAACCUGGGUACAUCCCACCUAGACCUCAACAGUCCCCCGCAGAAGGGGACUUGGUUGGCCGAGGACGACAGAGGGGAAUGGUAGUUGGAGCCACGUCCAAGUCACAAGAACUGCAGAUCUCGGCUGGGUUUCAGGAGCUGUCACUGGCAGAGAGAGGAGGGCGUCGCCGGGACUUUCAUGACCUUGGUGUGAACACCAGACAGAACCUUGACCAUGUCAAAGAGUCAAAGACAGGCUCCUCAGGCAUCAUCGUGAAGCUGAGCACCAACCACUUCCGGCUGACCUCGCGCCCGCAGUGGGCCCUGUAUCAGUACCACAUUGACUACAAUCCCCUGAUGGAGGCCCGUAGGCUGCGCUCCGCACUGCUCUUCCAGCACGAAGACCUCAUCGGAAGAUGUCAUGCUUUCGAUGGGACAAUAUUGUUUUUACCCAAGAGACUACAGCACAAGGUCACGGAAGUAUUCAGUCAGACUCGGAAUGGGGAACACGUGAGGAUCACCAUCACCCUGACUAACGAGCUGCCACCCACCUCACCCACCUGCCUGCAGUUCUAUAACAUCAUCUUCAGGAGGCUCUUGAAAAUCAUGAAUUUGCAACAAAUUGGACGGAAUUAUUACAACCCGAGUGACCCAAUUGAUAUUCCAAAUCACAGGUUGGUGAUCUGGCCCGGCUUCACCACCUCCAUCCUUCAGUAUGAGAACAACAUCAUGCUCUGCACAGACGUCAGCCACAAGGUCCUCCGCAGCGAGACCGUUCUAGACUUCAUGUUCAAUCUGUACCAGCAGACAGAGGAGCACAAGUUCCAGGAGCAAGUGUCAAAGGAGCUCAUAGGCCUCAUUGUCCUCACCAAGUACAACAACAAGACCUACAGGGUGGAUGACAUUGACUGGGAUCAGAAUCCAAAGAGCACCUUCAAGAAGGCAGACGGCUCGGAGGUCAGCUUUCUGGAGUACUACCGGAAGCAAUACAACCAGGAGAUCACGGACUUGAAGCAGCCAGUGCUGGUGAGCCAGCCCAAGCGGAGGAGAGGCCCUGGGGGCACCCUGCCUGGCCCAGCUAUGCUCAUCCCUGAGCUCUGCUACCUCACAGGCCUGACUGAUAAAAUGCGCAACGAUUUCAACGUGAUGAAGGACCUGGCGGUGCACACUCGUCUGACCCCCGAGCAGCGGCAGCGGGAGGUGGGCCGCCUCAUCGACUACAUCCACAAGGAUGACAAUGUGCAGAGAGAGCUUCGAGACUGGGGCCUGAGCUUCGACUCAAACUUGCUGUCCUUCUCAGGAAGAAUCUUACAAUCUGAGAAGAUCCACCAGGGCGGGAAGACGUUUGAUUACAACCCACAAUUUGCAGACUGGUCCAAAGAAACAAGAGGCGCACCACUGAUCAGCGUGAAGCCAUUGGAUAACUGGCUGCUGAUCUAUACCCGCAGGAAUUAUGAAGCGGCCAACUCACUGAUACAGAACCUGUUCAAAGUGACUCCGGCCAUGGGCAUCCAGAUGAAAAAGGCAAUCAUGAUCGAGGUGGACGACAGAACAGAAGCUUAUCUGAGAGCCUUGCAGCAGAAGGUGACAUCAGACACUCAGAUAGUGGUCUGUCUCUUGUCAAGUAAUCGGAAGGACAAAUACGAUGCCAUCAAAAAGUACUUGUGUACAGACUGCCCGACCCCAAGUCAGUGUGUGGUGGCCCGGACCCUGGGCAAGCAGCAAACAGUCAUGGCCAUUGCCACCAAGAUCGCCUUGCAGAUGAACUGCAAGAUGGGAGGCGAGCUCUGGCGGGUGGACAUGCCUCUGAAGCUGGCGAUGAUCGUGGGCAUCGACUGUUACCAUGACACCACAGCUGGGCGGAGGUCCAUCGCAGGAUUUGUUGCCAGCAUCAAUGAAGGGAUGACCCGCUGGUUUUCCCGCUGCGUCUUUCAGGACCGUGGACAGGAGCUGGUGGAUGGUCUCAAGGUGUGCUUGCAAGCUGCUUUGAGGGCUUGGAGUGGCUGCAAUGAAUACAUGCCCAGCCGUGUCAUUGUAUACCGAGAUGGUGUUGGGGAUGGGCAGCUGAAGACCCUGGUUAAUUAUGAGGUCCCACAGUUCCUAGACUGCCUCAAGUCAGUCGGGAGAGGUUACAACCCAAGGCUGACAGUGAUUGUGGUGAAGAAGCGUGUCAAUGCCAGGUUUUUUGCUCAGUCUGGGGGACGACUUCAAAACCCUCUUCCAGGGACAGUCAUCGAUGUGGAAGUCACCAGACCAGAGUGGUAUGACUUUUUCAUCGUGAGCCAGGCAGUGAGAAGCGGGAGCGUGUCCCCAACACACUACAAUGUCAUCUAUGACAGCAGUGGCCUGAAGCCUGACCACAUCCAGCGGCUGACAUACAAGCUCUGCCAUGUGUACUACAAUUGGCCUGGAGUCAUCCGAGUCCCUGCACCUUGCCAGUAUGCACACAAGCUGGCCUUCCUCGUGGGCCAGAGCAUCCACAGAGAGCCGAACCUCUCCCUGUCCAACCGCCUCUACUACCUCUAACCAGCAGCGAGGGCCUGUAUGCUGGCUUCCUUCAGAGCUCUGCCAAUCCUUCAGUUCUGUUUUUCAUAGGAUGAUGUUCUAGUGGGAUGGUGGGGGUGGGCGUGGGGGUCGGGGACUGCUGUUUUCGUUUUUUUUUGUUUGUUUUUUGUUUUUUGUUUUUUUUUUUUUUUUUUUUUUUUUUUUUGAGUUGUUGGUUUGUACCAGCAAUAGAAUUAUCUAAGGUUUACUGUUUGCUUUGUUUCUCAUAGUGUGUUGUAACAGUUUGCUUGGCAGAGUGGUGGCAAGGGCCGUGGUACCACAGAUAGACUUUCCUAAAGCAGCCACGUCGGCAGGUUCUCGGAGGUGCUCCUGAGAGCACCUUCUAUUGUACGCUGCUCUCUCUCUCUCUCUCUCUCUCUCUCUCUCUCUCUCUCUCUCUCUCUCUCUCUCUUUCUCUCUCCUUCCCUCCCUCUGUCCAUCCCUCUCUCUCUGCCUCUCUCUCUCUCUCUCUCUGUGCAUGUUUGAAUUUAAAAGAGGAAAAGACACAAGGUGAGAAUGCCCAGAGCAUCCUAGGCAGUUGCUGUAUGGGACUCUGGCACCUUAGGUUCUUAAAUAUUAAAAAGGCCAGAGACGCCUUUCUGUAUUUCUUUUAAGAGUUAUUAGGUCAUAAGGAUUGAAAAGAAUUACUGAAAAGUUUUAAACUUUUCUCCAUGAAAGUGUUUUACGACUGAUGAGGCCAGUAGUGGAGUGAGUGUUGUUUUGUUUUGCAAGUUUCUUACCAAGUGAAAUUGGCGACCGUCACUUUAUUUAACAGUUUUUAGUUUUCGAGAGCCUGUGUUUUCUUUGUUUUUAAACUAGAGGCAACCACUCUGGGAUAGGAUUCUACUCCCAAAAGUAAUGUGUCGGGUGUGGUGACACACGCCUGUGAUCUCAGCACUUGGGAGGUGAAGCCGGGGGAACCCCGAGUUCCCGGUCAGCCUAGGCUACAUAGUGAGACUUUGUCUUAACAAACAGAAAAGAAAGAAAUAAAGAGAAGAAAAGAAAAGAAAAACGGAGCAGUAUGAGUUCUGGGUGCCAGUUUCUGCAGGAGACUUUGGGAGUAAGAGCCAUCUGUCCCUAGAGGCUGCAAGGCUGCGGCUGGUGGGCCAGUUCAGGUGCCAGGUGGGGUAUGGCCACAUCUAUUUGCCUGGCUCUUAGAGGGGUCUUGGAGUUAGAGUCAGCUUGGAAUGGCUACAGUGUGAUGGCUUUUACACAAUGGUGAUGUGUGUGUGCCCCUGGCAUAGCUCAAUAAAGUUUCCAUCUCGCA